CUGGAUCCAAGUGGGAAAUAUUGCUAUGCUAUAAAUUCAAAAAAAUAUGCCAGUUUUCAUGAUGCUGAAAAAGCCUGCUAUAAUUAUGGUGGUUAUAGUUUGGCCAAAAUUCCCACAGCAAUUGAUAAUAGUUUUGUUUGGAGUGAGUUUUGACGGGGGGAUUGAACUUGGGUAGCUAUUUAGAUUGGGAAUGUGACCUCUAACCGGCUACUUCAGUGGAAAAAUAAAAAAGACUGCAGGCAGUGGGAAUCGAACUUAUCACCUCCCACCUCAUACCCACAACUCUAACCAGCUGAGCCACUUCCACAUUCACAUUCCACAUUUCAGACCUCAUUAGAUCUUCCGGCUCGCAAUUCUACAUUGGUUUAUCCGAUUUUUCAAGCGAUGGAAGUUUUCGAUGGUUAGAUGGAUCUUCUUUGUCAUAUUCAAAUUGGGCAUCAAAUUCUGGUGCAAUUCCAGGAGACUGUGUAAUAAUUGAUGGAAAUACUGGAAAAUGGAAACAGACACCGUGUAAUUUACAAUAUCAAUUUAUUUGUUAUGGACAAGCACCAAAUGCACCAACUGAUAUACCAAGUAAGCGAAAAAUAUUUGAAGUCGGAGAAGCAAAUGCGCUCCAAUGAGAAAAUUGCGAUUUUUCUUGUUUUUCGAAGGAAAAUAGGUUUCCUGAGCCAAAUUUUGCGCUGAAAAUCAUGAAAAAACCAAAUUUCCAGCUCUUUUCCCACCAACAACUCCACCAAAACCAAUUCGCGAAGAAACCGAGGGCCUAUUCUUUAUGAUCGAUGCAGAGAGCUUGGGAAAUCCGAACACAAAUCAGGACGCUUAUAAUUUCUAUGUUAGAGAAAGAGAUUUUGUGAUGCAAAUUAUUCAGGCAAUUAUCACCUAUCCGAAUGCACCGAAUGCCCAAACCAAUUGCUCAUAUUUGACCAAUUAUGCGUUUUAUGGAUAUGGUGAGCAUGUGCGCCCCAUUGACAACUAGGGAGGGUCCUUUAAGCAUCGAGAAAAAAUGUUUAUUGAAAAUAUGGCUUGUGUGGUGUCAAAUUGAAGCUCUUAACAUGAGCAAUCCAAAUUUCAUCUCAAAAAUCCGAAAAUAUCCAAGUGCGCCCCAUUGAUAACUAGGAAGGGUCCUUUAAGCAUCGAGAAAAUAACAUUUAUUGAAAAUAUGGCUUGUGUGGUGUCAAAUUGAAGCUCUUAACAUGAGCAAUCCAAAUUUCAUCUCAAAAAUCCGAAAAUAUCCAAAUGCGCUCCAUUGACAACUAGGGAGGGUCCUUUAAGAACCACGUUUGUUGAAAAUAUGGCUUGUGAGGUGUCAAAUUGAAGUUCUUAACAUGAGCAAUCCAAAUUUCACUUCAAAAAUCCGAAAAUAUCCAAGUGCGCUCCAUUGACAACUAGGAAGGGUCCUUUAAGAAUCGAAGAAAAUUUUUUUUAUUGAAAAUAUGGCUUGUGGGGUGUCAAAUUGAAGCUCUUAACAUGAGCAAUCUGAAUUUCAUCUCAAAAAUCCGAAAAUAUCCAAGUGCGCCCCAUUGACAACUAGGGAGGGUCCUUUAAGAAUCGAAAAAAAAUAUUAUUGAACAUAUGGCUUGUGGGGUGUCAAACUGAUGCCCUUAACAUGAGCAAUCCAAAUUUCGCAGUGAAAACUCAAAUGCGCCCCAUUGACAACUAGGGAGGGUCCUUUAAGAAUCGAAAAAAAAACAUUUAUUGAAAGUAUGGCUUGUGGGGUGUCAAAUUGAAGCUCUUAACAUGAGCAAUCCAAAUUUUCUCUUAAAAAUCCGAAAAUACCCAAAUGCGCUCCAAUGCCAAUAUUUUUUCCAGGCGAUUCACAGAUGAAUUUCGACCACGCUUUUCCUUACAAUCUUCAACAAUUCUUGAAUUCAAUUCAAGAAGUCACAUGGGACCACACAACCACAUUAAACUACAAUAUUUCCGAGUAAGUUGAGCCAAAAAAGUGUGCCGCAAAAUUGCAAAAAAAUAGGCCACGCCCCUUUUUUCCAGCGCUAUAAUUGGCUCAAAAACUUUCGAAUGGCAACCUUCCAUCAAAGAUUUCGGAUAUUCGACGCUCGUUUUUUUGACAGCCAGGUGAGGAGUACUGUAGAUUAGUACUGUAGAGCGCGAAAUUUGACACAUUUUGAGCUACAGUAAUCAUGUUUGUUGUCAAAAUGCUCCAAAUUUCGCGCCAAAUCCAAAAUUUCCAGUCAAAACCCACCAAUCGUCCCAUCUUUCGAUUAUCCGGCUCCAAAUUUCGAUGACGUCAUCGUUGUAACAUUGGCCAAUUCGCCGUUCACAACAAUGUAUCCAAAACUGCAAAUUUCCGGCGAUUUUUCGCAAAACGACGUGACUACAGUACUCCAAAAACUACAGUGUCAUUGA